AAAGGUUGUCACUUUGGAGCUUUUGUCUGUAAAGAGGGUCCAAUCAUUCAGAGCUAUAAAGGGAAGAGGAGAUAGCAUCACUCUUGAAGUACAUAACUGAUCAUGAAGGAUCUGUUAUCAAUCUCCAUAAACUGCUUUUUCCCACUAGCAAAUUCCAUCGUUGCUCGUGCUUCCAUUGGUAAGUCCAAGAAAGUAGACGCUGUUGUGGCCUUUAUGCAGCGGACAAUGGAGCUGGCCACUGGACUCAGUGUUGCCGAUCUUUUUCCUUCACUCAAAUUCCUUCCUGUGAUCACGGGGCUGAAAGCUAAGCUCGAGAAGCUACAUCAAGUGGGUGAUUCGAUAUUGCAAGAAGUUCUUACAGAACACACAGAAAAGAAUAUGAGAAGAAGCCAAGACGCUAAUGAGGCAUAUCAAGAGGAUCUGGUCGAUGUUCUUCUCAGGAUCCAGAAGGAAAACGACCUCGAAAUCCACGUAUCUGACGAUACCAUCAAAUCUAUAAUUCAGGACAUGUUCUUUGAUGCAACUGAAACAACAGCGACAAUUUUAGAGUGGGCAAUGUCUGAAUUGCUCAGGAACCCAGAGACAAUGGAAGAGGCUCAAGCAGAGGUAAGGAAGGUGUUUGGAAGCAAAGGACAAAUAGAAGAAUCAGAAUUGCACAAAUUGAAAUACAUAGAUGCUGUGAUCAAAGAAACCUUGAGGCUUCACCCACCUCUUCCAUUGCUAGUUCUGAGAGAAAACAGUGAAAGGUGUGAAAUCAAUGGUUAUGAGAUACCUUGCAAGUCUAGGGUUAUUGUCAAUGCUCGGACUCCUGGAAGAGAUCCAAAGUAUUGGAAAGAAGCUGACAAGUUUCAACCUCAAAGAUUCCUUGAUACUUCAAGUGACUACAAUUUUAGGGCAUGGAUCAUGAGUACAUUCCAUUUGGUCUGGAAGGAGGAUAUGUCCUGA